AUGGCCACUGUAUACACCGCAAAGAAGGGCCCGAAUGAGUCCAUCUCGGCACUGAGAGGGACAGACACAGAGUCAUCUACCAGUCUUGAUAUAGAGCCCUUAGGUGAACCGGGAGACGAACGUCGGUUUUGGUUCCAGCGAGGUAAAGGCUAUAAUGCCGACGCAGUAGCGACUCAACCAUCCGUCUAUGACAAUCCGGACACUGCGAAGGAAUUUCAACCCCAAGCCGACUGGGAAAAUCUUCACCGAUUCGACCCAUCUGCUCGGUGGACAUGGAGCGAGGAAUAUAAGUUGGUUCGCAAAAUUGAUCUUCGUAUCAUGGUGUUUACUUGCAUCAUGUUCGUGUGCUUGGAGUUAGAUAGGUCCAAUCUAUCACAAGCUCUAACCGACAACAUGCUUCCCGAAUUGAACAUGAACACGAAUGACUACAAUCUUGGUAAUACGGUGUUUAAGCUCUCAUUCCUCUGUUCCGAGCUUCCCUCCCAGCUGCUCAGUAAAUGGGUUGGACCUGAUCGGUGGAUCCCUACCCAAAUGGUUCUUUGGUCUGCAGUUGCUAUGGCACAGUAUGGGUUAAAUGGAAAAACAACAUUCCUUUUGUGUCGUGCCCUCCUUGGUAUUUUGCAAGGCGGAUUCAUCCCAGAUGUGAUAUUGUAUCUGUCUUACUUCUACAAACAUCAUGAAUUGUCUUUGCGACUCGGCUUCUUUUGGACGGCCAUGCACAUUGCAGAUAUUCUUGCUGGAUUCCUAGCUUUCGGAUUUUUGCAUCUUCGCGGUGUGCAAGGUCAAUCGGGAUGGCGUUGGCUGUUCUUACUUGAGGGCCUUCUGACACUUCUAUUUGGUCUAUCCGCAUAUGUUUUGAUGCCACCUGGACCAUGUCAGACUGCUAAUUGGUCUCGGGGUAAAUCAGGCUGGUUCACUGAGCGUGAGGAAAUCAUCAUUGUCAAUCGAGUAAUUCGUGAUGACCCAAGCAAAGGAUCCAUGCACAAUCGAGAACCUAUUACACCCAAGUUGCUUUGGAAGAGUCUCAAGGACUAUGAUCUCUGGCCGAUAUACAUUAUUGGACUUACCUUUCAAACACCAGUAACGACCCCCAAGCAAUAUCUGACUCUUACUCUGAGAGGCCUCGGAUUCGACACUUUUGUGACCAAUCUCCUGGUCAUUCCUAGUGAGGCGCUGUCUAUUGUAUUCAUUCUACUCCUCACAUACGUCUCGGAGGUUAGCACGCAUGCUAUUCAAGUUAACUGGAACUCCCGCAAUUCGAACACUGUCCGAUCCCGGACAGUCUCGGCCGCCAUGUAUAACAUGUGUGUCCAAGCAUCGUCAGUUAUCGCUUCCAAUAUCUAUCGCGCUGAUGAUGCUCCGCGCUACCGAAGAGGCAAUCGUACUCUAGUGGGACUUGUUGUCUCGAAUAUCUUCAUAUAUUUGUUGACAAAGAUGUACUAUGUCUGGCGCAAUCAAAGCCGGGAUAAGAAAUGGAACGCUAUGACGGACAACGAGAAGAUGCAAUACGUGGCAACCACUAAGGAUGAAGGGAAUAAGCGACUUGAUUUCAGAUUUGCCCAUUGA